UGGACACAUCGACAAAACCCUUAUAAUAACUUCCGUUCGAUAUAUACUUCAGUAAGAAAUUACUUUUUCAGAAAAAGUCCCAGUUGAAAGGUUUUUUAAGUGUGUUUGUAAGAUGACAGGAGCUUGAGCGAGCUUUUCUUCACGAAAAGUACGCCUCCAAUCGAUGAUAUCUUUAAACAAGUUCGAGAACACGAUACAUGGUCAAAUCACCGUGAUUUAUGGCUUUUAUAGAUCCUGUCUUAAUUCUUGGCCUGUUUGUGUUGAGAUUCACGUUUUGCUCAGGCAGAGUUUGUGAGGCGGAUAGAAAUACAAAUGGCUGCAGUACACCCAUGGGAAUCAACGCACCGUUUAAACGAGAGUUCACUCCGGCUUGUGACAAACACGACAUAUGCUAUGGAUGUGGUAACCACUAUAACUGGACACGUGAGGCCUGCGACAAGGCGUUACUUCACGACAUGAUACAGUCCUGUCAUAGGCGUAUGCACAGCAGAACCAGGCGUGGCGUCAUGAAUGCCCUAUUGGACAUCUGGUAUUUCUUUCAAGGAAUCAGCAAAGAAGAGAGAAGAUGCAAGCUGGCUGCGGAAAUGUAUUACAAAAUUGUACGCACUUUUGGUGCCUCGCACUUAGAGAAAAAAGAUCAUAUCUAUUGCAUUAACACUUGUGCGGAUAAACAUGGAAGUCCUUUUGUAGAGCUAUAGCAGUCACAUACUUGCCUGUGUUGCAGGUCAUCAGUCUACCAAAGAGACCAAUCGCUGGAUAGAAGUGAAGACUCGAUUCGUGGGGAUAAGAUAUUUUAAGGGUUACAUCAUCACUAUCAUCAAUUCGGAUUCAGGUUCAGAUUAAUGAUUGCAAAUCAGUUACAUCGACGCUACACUUUCUCAAGGUGGACCUUGAAAACACCACGAGCACUUUUGGUACACUCCGAACGAAGAUGGAAAUCGAGGAAGGUCUACUAGCUUCUCGUAUCUCGUUUCGUUAGAAACAUGACAGACUUCAAAUUGCAGAAUUAUGUUUGUGACUUGUAGGGCUGGAGAAGACUUAAUGCCGAGCGGAGAUCAUGAUCCUAAGGGUUAUUUACGCACUCAGCGCGCAUCUCUGCUCGCGUAAGGACCUAAGGAGCUGAACACAAAUACAAGCCAAGUUUAUUAAAAGCAUAUAAGUAGCAUAGAAGCAGUAAAGCAGCAGAGCGUAACCUACGAUCAAACGUUCUUUUUUCGGGUGAACGUGCGAAAGAGUAACAACACAAGCAGACUAGAGUACGUCAUUCUCGCAUUUCCCUCCUCACUAAACAUAGAACACUUGAUCAGAUAUUUUACAUAAAAGAGAGAACCAAAUUUCCCAUGAUGACCAGUUAGCGUGGAAUGAUAAUUAAUUUUUCGCCCAGCCCUGCCCGAAACCAAUGGCGACCUUAAAAAAAUAUCAGCGUGAAAAGGCGAAAAUUAAUUCUAAAACGGAACUUUUAUGCGAAACCUGACAACCUGCUUUUGUUUACUGAAAUAAAGGAACUAUUUGCCAUUCUAUUUAUGCGAACUUUUAUGCGAAACCUGACAACCUGCUUUUGUUUACUGAAAUAAAGGAACU